AUGGACAUCCUAUGCUUCCGGUCAAUCCCCCACAUUCGGGGUCGAUUCCUGGACCAUCCCUCUGGCGCCGUGCCUGCCAGCCUGGCCAGUACUCAGUCAGCGGAACUUGUCGGAGUUGCGGACAGGGGUAUUACUGCUCUGGCAAUGGGGAUAGGAAUGCUUGCCCAGCAGGUACAUACAAUGACCAGACAACCAGUCAACGAGAGAAUGAGUGCAAGGCCAUACAAUGUGGAUUCAGGCCUAGCGGUGGGAACGCCGACGGAACUGGCGCGACUGGCCAAACUAUGUGUGGAGAAGGCUACUACUCCAAGGGUAGAUCGACCACUUGUACUAUUUGCCCUGCCGGCAUGUAUUGUAACGCUCAAACAACAUGUGAUCCCAAACCCUGUGAUCCUGGUACGUAUGCUGACACUCCUGGAGCUGGCCAGAGGUGUAAGGAUUGCCCUGCUGGUACUUUCAAUAACAGUUAUGGGAACACUUCGUGUUGCAAUUGUUGUGCUGGAUGGUUUAGUCAAGGAAACAACACGCAUACCAACUGCGAGCGAUGCCCAAACAUCGGGGAAGUUCAGUCUUUUCGGUCACUGGACCGUGGCCAGCAGCGGCCGGCUCAGACUUGCUCGCAAUCACGAACCCAAUCCCCAGGAAGUUGCCGUAUCCGCUACUUCUGGAAGCACUCCGAGCGGUGCGAUGACGCGAAGCACCACAUCGACAUGCCCAUACGGGACGACUCGUUGUGAGGUCAAGUUUGGGCGUGGCGGAUUCGAAUGCGUUGACAUUUUGAAUUCGCUCGAAACUUGCGGUGGAUGCGAUAACGAUUGCUCUUCUCUGGAGGGCACCAACGAAGUACAGUGUAUCAAGGGACAGUGUGUCGUUAAGUCAUGCGCUGGUGGUCAUGAACUCGCCAUUCGCGGAGAUGGGUUCGCCCGAGGUGGCCUUGACGUUGGUGCGCAUUGCGUUGCGAAGAAGAGGAACCACAUCCGUCAUGCAACUAUGCUUUGA